AUGGAUAAACAAUUAUCAGAAACUUUUAAUCACCUCUCACAACAAAAUGGUGUUGUUGGAUAUUCAGUUGUUGAUGAAAAUGGACUUUGUUUAAAAGCUCAUGGUCCAGGUCAAAAUAAUAAUGCAGGUUUUUAUAAAUCAUUAUUAGAUAAAUCCAGACAAUUAUCAGAAGGUUCCGAAGUUGCCUCUGUUACAAUCGAAACUGAUACUACUAAUAUUUUCAUUCAACACAAUCAAAAAAUUACUCUUGCUGUUUCAAAACUUCCAUAA